UUUAUACUUCACUCCGCCCCAAUUUGUUUCCUUCUUUCUCCUCCUCCUUUGUUUCUGUAGCAAAACAAUGGCAAAGAGUUUAGCCAUAGCAUCCCUCCAAAUUCUGAGCCUGCUUUUACUAGCAAGCUUGGGACAAUCAAAGACAGUGUUCACAAAUUUGACGGUGUACGACCAUGAAUUUCGAAGUGGAGAUGGCCAGAGCGUUUUCCCAGUUGCAGGUCUUCCCAACGCAACCUGGGGCUUUAACCAAUUUGGAACUGUUUUUGUCGUUGAUAAUACCUUGACCCAAAGCGUUUCGUUCAAAUCCGCACUAGUGGGUCGUUCGCAAGGCAUUGCUGCAGUAGCAUCCCUUGAUAGCACCAACAUAGAGCUUGUGAUAACUUUUCUGUUCACUAAUGGAAAGUACAGUGGUAGCACUGUGGAAAUGAAAGGAAUUUUCGUACAGUCUAUGGGCAUCAAUGAACUUGCAAUUUUAGGAGGAACCAAACAAUUCCGGUGUGCAACAGGGUAUGCUACCUUGGAGCCGGUCAGCGUAAUAGGAGAUUAUAUUACUUUUAGGGCGAAUCUCUACAUUAGACAGGACAUACCUGAUGACUACCCUGGUAUUGCUCUUCAUUAAUAAAUGAUAUAUUUACAUAUGUCAGCUUCCUCUGGAGACCAGUCACCCAAUAGGAGAUUAUACCCCGUUGCAGUCACGCAAUGAAAUGCUACUCAUUGCCUCUGGAGACUUAAAUAGAAUGAUGGUGAAGGAAUCAAAUUAAAAAAGGAUGAAUUAUACUUUAUCCUCCUAUAAUUAAAUAUUUUUUCCAAUAAUUCUCUUCUUAUUUCAAAAGUUAUAGCAUUAAUUGCGAUAUGUUCCCCUCAAUUAUGAUCUAUUUGCAUUUAGCAUCUUAAACUA